AUGGCUUCCUUAAUCCCCCGCCGUCUAUUCAGCACUACUGCUCGUCGUCUGCAGACGUCUGAUAACCUGAAGACCGAGACGAAGCGCAACCCCGAGCUUAUGAUCCUCGGUGGUGUCAUGGUUGCUGCUCUCGGCGGUGCCGGCUUCUACUUUGGCCGCUCUCCUACCAAGUCCACCUCCGAAAGCCCCGUCACCAUCGCCAGCAGACCCUGGGAGGGCGAGGGCGAGGGUAAAUACAAGUACCACCCCGGCGGUGACCUUACCAAGGAGCCCAAGGACGCUCCUAGCGCUUUGAACGUCGUGGUUGUUCCCAACGUCACUUUGCCGGCGGAGCUGCACGAAAAGUACAACAAGUGGGGUAAGGAGGGAUACCCUUAG